CCAGAUCCUCUCACUUUCUUCUUCUCUUCUUUCUCUCCGCCCUCCCGCUGUUCGUGUAGUUGCUUCUUCUCAACUCGUCUCGGUCUCCCCGCCUCGCUCGGUCAUCAGCAGAAGAAAACGGUGCAAAAUCGGGUGUUUUUCACGAGAGAGCUGCAUCCCCAAAGAUACGCCUCCCUCUCAAUUUUUUUCAAACGCCUCAAUUCUUAUUCGCCUUCGUGUUUCUUCUUCGGCAGCGGAGAGUCCAUUCCUGUACCUGCUUUCCACCUGCACACCGACAUCACGCUCUGAGUUCUCGUCUCAGCUGACAGAAGCUGGCCGCUGUGCUUCCUCUCUGCUUCUGUCGAAUUCUGCUAGCGAUAGACAGUCCUUUCAUGCCAUCGCAAGCCGGACAAUUUCCUGGAGGUGAAGGACCCGCGGGUCGUCUCUCUCCGUCGAGUUUGUCUCCCGUCCUCGAGAGACAGAGCGCGCUCCGUCUGCGGCGUUCGCUCUCUGUCUCUCCCUCUCUUUUCGUCUCUCGCUGUCUCCCUGCCUCUUCUUGCACCUUCUCCGCUCCGGCGCGAGGCGGCAUCUCCCAGGCUGAAGCACAAUGAGGAAGAAACUGAGGGAGGAGACUUCGGACAGAGAGUCGGCCAGCGAAGAAGACAGGAAAAAGAGAAGACGGAACAAGGAGGACGAGUCGAGCGAUUCGUCCUCCAGCUCCGAGAGCGAGAAGGAGAGGACGAACAAGAAGGCCACCAAGAAGAGCAAGAAGAAGGAGAAGAAAAAAAAGAAAAAGAAGAAAAAGGGGAAAUCUUUCGGCUCACACCUUGAAGACGCUCCGCCGCCGUACGACGAAUUCGAAGUUCGACGGCUCCUCACAGGUUUGCUGAAGAAGAGCCGAUUUCUUGACACAGAGCUUGAAGGCCUCUUCUCCAACCUUGACGACAAACAGAGCGUCUUCCUGGACGGCCUUCCCGACGCGACUCUCCGCAAGAAACUUCGGCACUUGUUCCGAGCCUUACGACUUGAGGAGGUGAGAGAAGACGACAGUGUUGGAUUCAAGAAAGGCAAGACGCUGUCGUCUCUGUCUCUGCGGCGAGUCGUUCGCGCUCUCUGUCGAGAAAUCAAGGCCUCUCUCCCUCUGCCUGAAGUUGAGUGCGUCGUCGCUGCAGCGUCGUCGCCAGGCUGUGCUCGCCCCACGGAAAACCCCACAGAAGGAGACGGUGGAGACACCUCCGGAAGAGGCAGUGGAGACACAGCCGACGCAACGGAGACUAUCGCGGGUUGGCGAACGGUAGACAUGACGGUGGCGGGGCCGGCGUUGCCGCCUGGAUUCGACGCGGCUCCACAUCAAGACGAGAAAGAUUCAGACGAAGACGUGGAGUUCUGCGGACCGUCUGCUCCCGAAGCAGAAGGCGCCGCAAAGCGUGCACGCGAAGAGUGGAUGUUGGAGGCUCCUGCAUACUUGAAGAAGACCUUCGCAACCAACAGCAAAAUGGAGAAAAUCAUGGAACAGAAACGCAGAGAAGAUGCAGAGGCUGAGCAAAUGCGAGCUGCUAUGGAAGAGUGGAAUCGAAAGCAUCGAGCGAAGAGUUUAAGAGAAAUGGCUGAAACGGGAGAAGUUGAAGACGGCAGGGAAAUGUACAAAAAGUGGAAGCAGGCGAUGUGGGCGCAGAACCUCUGGGGAAAGUCCGCGGCGGAGCAGCGAGCCGUCGAAGAGGGGAAGGACGAACCGAAUGCUGGCCAGCCGUGGAGACGCUUCGAUCGAGAACGAGACCUCGACACUCGACAGACUUCACGGGAAGACUACAAUAAACUGGUGGCGAAGGCGUCGGAGCUGAACAGUCGCUUUACAUCAACAUGGCAAUCGAGCUUUUUGUAGAAAACAGCGAAAGAGAAAAAUAUCUCUCUGCUCGUCACACUUGGUGUUACAGAUCGAUUUUCAUCUCGCUUCUUUUCGUAGCUUUUCUGUACUUGUUUCUUCCUCCCUUAAUAUCCCUGAACUGCCGCGCUGUCCUCCGUUUCCCCCCUGUUUCUCUUCCUCCUCUUUUUUGUUGCCUUCUGUCGUUUUUCCACUUCAUCCGCUCUGCCUGCUUGUCAAGGAGCUGCUCUUCCCCCACAGCGAUUUCGUUUUGCACCUUUCGGACGCAACGAAAAGCUCCACGUUCCUUUCUUGUCCGUCUUGAUUUUUCUGACCAACUUUCUGACCAUAUGUCGAUUUUUUCCCGUUUUCCGGGUCUCAAAUCCGGUUCACAGUC